GUAGCGUUAUCGUCUUCUUGUCUUGAACCAUGCUUGAAUGGAGGUGACCUUAGUUACUACCAAACUGUAAAGCAAAGCAACUUGGGCGACAGCUUUGUACACCGCGUCAGUCCGGUCCGGGUUAGAUGCUUAACUCGAGUUAAAUAUUAGUGCGAACAGUUUGCGGAGAGAGCGGGACGAACAGAGAUGGCAGAGGAACAUCAGGCUCGUAUGCAGAAUGUGGUGGAAGAUAUGGUCCAAAGCCUGGAGAGGGAGCACAUCCGUAAAAUGCAGGGUCGUAUGUUCAGUUGCAGUGCAGCCUGCUGUGAUCGGCCCUCAGACUCUAUGUCUCAGGUGCAUCAGUGUAUCGAUAGGUGUCACACUCCUCUGGCCAAAGCUCAGGGACUGGUCACUUCAGAGCUCGAGAAGUUCCAGGACCGCCUCACCAGAUGCACAAUGCACUGCAACGACAAGGCGAAGGAUCUCUUCGACUCCGGUGCGAAGGAGCCGGCUGUUCGGUCACUGAUGGAGCGCUGUGUGGGCAGUUGUGUUGACGACCACGUUAACCUGAUCCCCAGCAUGACCCGAAGAAUCAAAGACAAUUUGGACUCUAUAGAGCAGUGAACGGUCUUGGCUCAUUUACACUCAUACAUACAGCAGCGCAGGGUUAGUCAACUCAGCCAGUUUGACCAGUAACAACUGAAGAAUAGAGGCCUGCGACACCAUGAAAGGGUGGCGAGUGAAGUUUUAAAAUGGAUCAAGUGAUGGAAAAGACUCUGAAUGUUGGUGUUGUGGAGAUUUAAAACUGCUCUUUGUGAGAUGUGUUAUUUUACAGCGUGUAAUCUACAAACAGUGACCUCUCGGCGACUGAGAGCUCAGAGUUUUUGGCUUGUUGGAUGCUGGUUUAUCUGCAACGAGAAAGAAAUCCAGCGAUGCAUCUGGUGUCACGUCACUGUGUGUGAAUAAGACACCAGCUCAAAAUAUGAAACCUGUUAAGUGUGCAUUUAAAAUGUAUAUCUCAAACCUCACUCAGUGCUUAUUUGAGAAUCAAAAUUUAACAUAUAGAUUACAUCAUCAGGAUUUAAAUGUACAUGUAUUCAUGCAUAAAGCUGCGAAUGUGUUCAGCUCCUCUCAGCUAUAUUUAAUUUCUGCAGUUUCUCCAGUGUGAGCCGCCUCAUCCCUCGUGCUUUUUAUUUUGUCAUUUUACUGUGAGUUAUUCUGUGAUUGUCUGACCUGCCAUGGUGAGAUGUUUAUAUACCUGGAUUAAAAGUACUGUAGAUGUA